ACGGUGGUCAGAACAGGUGCGCUUGUCAGCUCUUUCAUUUCGUAAUAUAAGCACAUUUGGAAAAUAAAUAAAUAAAUAAAUACCACAACAAACACUAGAAUAGGUAUAACAGUGUGUCGAUGAGCAAGCGCUCCUUCCCGGCACGCAGAUAAUAUUAAUUAAGGGAGCGUCGCGUCUCCGCCUCCGUCGGACUAGAGCGCCGAGGUCCUGGGAGCGGUCCAGAGCCAGCGGAUGGAUUCCGCACGAAGGCGCUGAGGCUCCAGCCUGGCUGACGCCGGGGCUGCGCCGCUGCUCCGGCUCCUUAGCAAGCAGACGCUCCACACCUUCACAGCGCGAGCAACUCAGCGGGGGUGGCUGCCUCUGCUAAGACGCACAAGAUUUUUCAGGAAUUCCGGUACAUCUUCAGUUUCUGCCAGUGGUUCUCCGGAUUCCCAGGGAAGCGCCCCUCUCCUCUCAGUAGCCGCACACACGCCUCGCCUCCCCCCCACGCUUGCCGUCAGCCAACCCUUCCCACAUCAAGCCCCUCCCCCCCUUUGGUUGCCUCCCCCGUCCCCGGGACCAUCACGAUGCACUCCACCACCUCCAUCACCUCCCUGUUCUCCUUCACCAGCCCGGCGGUAAAGCGCCUCUUGGGCUGGAAGCAGGGCGACGAGGAGGAGAAAUGGGCAGAGAAGGCGGUGGACGCCCUGGUGAAGAAGCUGAAGAAGAAGAAGGGGGCCAUGGAGGAGCUGGAGCGCGCCCUCAGCUGCCCGGGGCAGCCCAGCAAGUGCGUCACCAUCCCGCGCUCGCUGGACGGCCGGCUGCAGGUGUCACACCGCAAGGGCCUGCCGCACGUCAUCUACUGCCGCGUGUGGCGCUGGCCCGACCUGCAGUCCCACCACGAGCUCAAGGCCCUCGACUGCUGCGAGUUCCCCUUCGGCUCCAAGCAGAAGGAAAUCUGCAUCAACCCCUACCACUACCGACGCGUGGAGACGCCAGUGCUGCCCCCUGUGUUGGUCCCGCGACACAGCGAGUUCAACCCCCAGCACAGCCUGCUGGCCAAGUUCCGCAGCGCCUCCCUCCACAGCGAGCCGCUCAUGCCACAGAACGCCACCUACCCGGACUCCUUCCCGCCGCACCCUUGCGCCGCCUACUCUUCUUCCCCAGCCGGCUCCCUCACACAGUCUCCCAGCACGAUCAGCUACCCAAACUCACCAGGGAGUGCUGCUGAGCCGGGGAGCCCUUAUCAGGUGACAGCUGAAACACCACCGCCACCCUACAGCAUGACAGAGACGCCCGAGGACGUGAAGCCGGGUGAUUCUUCCAACAAACUGGUCUUCUCUGCACCCCACAGAGACCUGCGGCCAGUAUGCUACGAGGAGCCCGAGUACUGGUGCUCGGUGGCGUACUACGAACUCAACAACCGCGUGGGCGAGACUUUCCACGCCUCGUCACGGAGCAUCCUGGUGGACGGCUUCACCGACCCCUCCAACAACAAGAGUCGCUUCUGCCUAGGCCUGCUUUCCAACGUCAACCGCAACUCGACCAUUGAACACACACGCAGGCAUAUUGGCAAAGGUGUGCACCUAUACUAUGUCGGCGGGGAGGUCUACGCCGAGUGCCUCAGCGACAGCAGCAUCUUCGUGCAGAGCCGCAACUGCAACUACCAGCAUGGCUUCCACGCCACCACCGUCUGCAAGAUCCCCAGCGGCUGCAGCCUCAAGAUCUUCAACAACCAGCUGUUCGCGCAGCUGCUCUCGCAGUCGGUCAACCACGGCUUCGAGGUGGUCUACGAGCUCACCAAGAUGUGCACCAUCCGCAUGAGCUUCGUCAAGGGCUGGGGAGCAGAGUACCACCGACAGGACGUCACUAGCACCCCCUGCUGGGUGGAGAUCCACCUGCACGGCCCUCUCCAAUGGCUGGACAAAGUUCUUACCCAAAUGGGCUCCCCGCACAAUCCCAUCUCCUCUGUGUCCUAACAGUGAAGGUGUGAGCAAUGUGGGGGUCAGAGGUGACCGGAGGAGAAAAAGAAGCGAAAAACACACCGUGGAUCCUCAUGCGCUGUGAUUUCACAUCUUACAAGGAAAAAGGUCACAGUAACUCAUAGGAGAAACAGUUGCACAACCCUUUAUGGGUCUGCUGCACCAUGUCAGAAACGUAGUGCUUUUUCAGGAAGGUUUACUGCACAGAUAUCAGGGACAUCCUUGAACAGGUGACAUCAGGAAGGUCAGCGUCAAACGGUGGAAUUUACACCUAGGCGAUAAUAAGGACAAAUUCUUGGUCGUUUAAUUUCAUCCGCAGCUAACACAUGCAACAUUUAGCAUGAGCAUAUUAGCGAGUUUUUCUGGGAUACUUUACAUAAAGUGGCUUGCUUGGUUUGGUUGGUUUUUUUUUUUAUAAACCUUUAUGUAGAACUUUAGUUCUUUGCUCCCAGAUAUGUUGUAAAAUCUGUUAUUUUUCCAGUGUGUAUGAAUGUGUGUAAAAUACCCAGCUUCACAGCAAAUUGCAGACAGGGUCCCAAGACAUUUUCCCCGUCCCACUAACGUAGAAAUGCAUUAGAAAAGAUGUCCAUGUAUUGUGUCACUGCAUUCACAAACUGCUGUCCUUAGAAGAGUUUUAUCUCAGGGACAGUGUGCCUUGUUCGAUCUGUUUUAUUACAUGGGCACCAUCUCCAGACAUUAUGGCUGCUGGUCCUCUAAGCUGGUACUGAAGAGCUGGAGAAACCAGCAGCUUUCUAAUGGACUGUGGAGGAACAUAAGGAAUUUGAGAAUGUUUGGGCCCUCGGAUCGUGCCAGUUUCCAUGCCAUCCCAAUUUCCCAUGGACAAGUCCGUUCACGGACAAUCGGCAGUUUCACCUGAGAUUUGAGGUAUGUUACUGACCAGAAAAAUCCCUAAAAAAAUAAAUCACAGAACUGAGGAAUUUCCCACCCCCCAAACAACAUUGCAGGACCCAUGCAUACUUCUACAGCAUGUCCUGUCCCUCACAUCAGGCAAGAACAGUAUAAAAUAGAGAUCUGCCAACGCCGUUUGUUCUGUUUGCUGUAGCUAUUUGUGCUCUGUCCUACACUAAAGCAUUUUAAAACAA